AUGUCUUUGGGUGGACAGCUCUUGAGCAGCAGAUGCUCUUCACCAUGCGAAGUGACCUGCCCACAGCCAUAUGCCAAUGCCUGGAAUGAGCCCUGCGUCACCACAUGCAGUGACUCCCGUGCCGUGGUCUACCCACCACCUGUGGUCAUCACUUUCCCUGGCCCCAUCCUCAGCUCCUGCCCACAGGAGAGCAUCGUGGGCACGGUGCUCCCAAACCAAGGGGGCUUCAUGGGGAUAGCAGGCUCUGUUGAUUCUGGGGUCUCAUUUGGUUCUGGGGGCUCGGUUCUUGCCACUGGCCUGGAAUUCCACUUCCUGAAGAUCUAUGGUUGCCCUGUCUCCUAA